AUGUACCCUCAAUCCUAUAAUAAUCAUGAUGAUUUGAUGAGAUAGCAAUUCAUCAACGAAAAUAAUGGAUUAAUUGAAUAGUUUAAAGCAUAGUUGAUAGAUCCAAUAACUGGAAGGAAAAGAAAUGAAGUCAAAGUUUAAAAUUUUGCUGAUGGCGGAAGAUAUGAGGGAGAAGUUGAGGGUGAACUGAGGAAGGGAUAUGGAAUUUACUUUUUUGCCAGUGGGGAUGUUUAUUUUGGACAAUGGAAUGAUUCAUUCAAUGGUCAAGGCACCUACAUUUAUCGAAGUGGUGAGAGAUAUUAGGGAUAGUUCAAUAAAGGUAAGAAGGAUGGUCAAGGAAUUUAUUGGUAUAUAAAUGGAGCAGAGUAUGACGGUAGAUGGGUGAAUGAUUAGAAGGAUGGAUUUGGUAAAUUCAGAUAUCCAAAUGGAGAUAUAUAUGAGGGCAAUUGGGUAAGAGGAGUCAAAUCAGGACAAGGAACUUUAGUUUUAGCUAAUGGAGACCAUUAUCAAGGGGAGUGGAACAAUAAUAUGAAAAAUGGAUAAGGAACUUAUAUCUUCGCAUCUGGGUCAAGAUAUGAAGGAUUCUGGCUCAAUGAUCAAUUUCAUUAAUAAGGAGUGUUUAGUUAUUCAAAUGGAGAUAAGUAUGAAGGCAUCUUUGAAAAUGGAUAGAAAACGAAAUAAGGAAUAUAUAAGCAUGCAGUGGAUGGAUCAGAGUAUUAAGGAGAAUGGUUUAGAGAUUAGAGAAGUGGGAAUGGAAGGAUGAAAUAUGCAAAUGGAGACCUCUAUUAGGGAUUUUGGUAAGAAGGAGAGAGGUAAGGAAAGGGUUCUUACAAAUACAACAAUGGGGAUUAAUACGAUGGGGAAUUUGUGAGUGAUUAAAAACAUGGAUAUGGAGUGUUAAAAAUGGUUUCAGGUGAUAUUUAUGAGGGAGAUUGGAAACAAGGAAGAAAGAAUGGAAAAGGAUUAUACAAAUUUGCAAAUCAUGAUAUUUAUGAUGGUCAUUUUGCUGAUGGAUUAAGGUAAGGAUAUGGAAGAUACCAAUGGAAUGAUAAUUCCUAUUAUGAAGGUAAUUGGGAUAAGGAUAGAAUGAACGGAAAAGGAUUAUAUGUGUCUCCUGAUGGAGUGUAAGCAGACGGAAUAUUUGAUAAUGAUAAUUAUGUAGGACCAGCUGACUGA